GUCAUGUGACUCAGGCAAACAGCGGGUCAGCUGACAGAUCCGGGGUCGGCCCGUGCGGUGUUUACUUUUCCAUGAUGGUCGCGGUUCUCUGAAUGGAUGCAGCGCUAUGCGUCGCCGCGAGGAAUCAUGGUAGUCGUCAACUCGGUGCUGAAGCUCGUCCAGAGGCAGACGUACACGUGCCUGUCGCACCGCUACGGGCUCUACCUCUGCUUCGGGGGCAUCGUCCUCAUGAUCGUUUCCGCCUUCCAGUUCGGAGAGGUGGUGGUUGAGUGGAGUCGAGACCAGUAUCAUGUUCUGUUUGACUCCUACAGAGAUAAUGUGGGGGGGAAAUCCUUCCAAAGCAGGCUCUGUUUGCCCAUGCCUAUCGACGUGGUGUACACGUGGGUGAACGGCACAGACAUGGCUCUGCUGAAGGAGCUGAAGACGGUCAAAGAGCAACUGGAGGAGGAACAAAGAGCUCUGAGGGAACGUCUGGGGAAAAAUGCAAGCGAGACAACUGAAGUGCCCAAAGACAGUGGUAAGCCAGAAUGUCUCCUGUCCCACUGCAUCCUCGCACCCAUGCUGGCCCUGGACCCCGCCCUGCCGGCCAACGUCUCCCUCAAAGAGCUGCCGUCACUCUCCGCCUCCUUCGCCGCCGCCAAAGAGCUGCAGCUGAUCACAAAACCCUUCCACCCGCCCACCGUCGUGUCUGUGGUCGUCUUCCACUCGCAGGCCGACGCUGAUAAAGCCUUUACAGAUGUGUCCAGAGAAGAGCAGAAAUUCACUGUGUCCAGAUGUUACCUGACGACCGAUAAAGAAGCUCCAGGUCUGAUCCGCAUGCAGACUCUGGCAUAUCUGAGCGGCUUCCCGGCGACCUAUAAGGAGACGGAGUCGCUGCGAGUCAAACUCCCCUCGGCCAUAACCAACAAGAUCAAACAGUUUGAGUUGUACUCGGAGGCAAGCAUCGCCCUGCUGCACCUGAACACCCAGCAGGACUUCUCUGACCUGACGCAGCAGGCGAAGAAGAACCUGACCCUGGACGGGAAAGAGUUAACCAUCAGCCCCGGCUACCUGUUCUGGGACCUCACCGCCAUCUCACAGUCCAAACAGGAUGAAGACGUCUCCGCCAGCAGAUUCGAGGACAACGAGGAGCUCCGCUACUCGCUGCGCUCGGUGGAGCAACACGCUCCCUGGGUGAGGCACAUCUUCAUCGUCACUAACGGGCAGAUUCCCUCCUGGCUCAACCUGGACAACCCCAGAGUCACCGUCGUCUCACAUCAGGACAUCUUCCAGAACCACAGCCACCUUCCCACCUUCAGCUCUCCGGCUAUAGAGACCCACAUCCACCGCAUCCCCGGGCUCUCCCAGAAGUUUAUCUACCUCAACGACGACGUGAUGUUUGGCAAAGACGUGUGGCCGGACGACUUCUACAGCCACUCGAAAGGACAGAAGGUGUAUCUCACCUGGCCGGUUCCUAACUGUGCUGAGGGCUGCCCAGGCUCCUGGAUCAAAGAUGGCUACUGUGACAAAGCUUGCAAUAACUCUGCGUGUGACUGGGAUGGAGGAGACUGCCUGGGCACAGCUGGGAACAGUCGGUUCGCCGCGGGGGUCGGAGGCGGCGGGGCCGGUGGAACUGGUGGACAGUUGUGGCAGUUCGCAGGUGGUAUCGGAGGACUCGGGGGGACGUCCUAUUGCAAUCAAGGCUGUGCCAACUCCUGGCUGGCUGACAAGUUCUGCGACCAGGCCUGCAAUGUCCUGUCGUGCGGCUACGACGUGGGCGACUGUGGCCAAGAGCAUUUUGACGAGCUGCACGCCGUGACCCUCCAGAGGAACCGGACCCUCUACACCCUCCCCGUGGGAGAGGUCAGGCCAUAUUUCAGUUUCAGAAAAUUCGCCCGCAGAGUCACUGAGGCCCACGUCAGCGACAACCCGGUGGUUCGUCACACCUCUGUCGCCAACAAAUGGAAGACCGUGCACUUGCUUCUUUAUCCCGGACACAACGCCACGCAGAUCCAGUACAACCUCACCUUCCAGAGAGAUGACGACACAGAGUUCACGAUGACUUUCGGCGUAGCUAUCGACACCCGCGAGGUUCCUCGUACCAACGUGUCCAAGACCACGAGCAAAGACGUCAGCAUAGAGCCAAAGCCGACGCUGUCUCCUGAGCCCGUUGUGGCUUUCCCAGAUGUUCCAGAGGACAAACGAGGUCCGAGGAUCCAGACGAGGCAGCCGCAGAUCGUCAUCGAGGUCCCUUCACUGAACGUGUCACUUUUACCAGCUGUCGUACGCACUGAGCUGCGGAAGCUCGAGGAGAAGCUGCUCAACGGUGACCUUACUGUGAAGGGUUAUAACCUCACAAAGGCUGAGCUUCUCAAACCUUACAAGACACUGGCUCAACUGCAGCAGGUCGCUGAUGAGGGUGAAGCCAAGGUCCAGAGGAAGCCUUAUAAAGACCUGGAGGGAGAGCCAAAACAAAAAGCUGAAAGUAUCGUUCAGCAAAAUAACAACGCAAAAGAAGACGCGGCUGUGAAAGAACCACCGGUCACUCCUCUUGUCCCCGUCCACAUCGAUGAUAUGCACAAAGAGCUGGAAACAUCCAAACCUCCCGUGAAAGGCGCCAUCGAAAGACCUUUGACUUUCAAGCUGCUGAACCACAUCUCCAAAAUCAGAAGUGCUGAGAGUCAGAAUGAUCCGAUCAACGCUGCAGGAGGAGGAGCUCCAGUCGGAGGAGCUCCAGUCGGGAGGAGGCUCCAACACUUCACCUCCUCAGAUCGAGGCUUCCUGCCGUGGGAGAAGAGGAAGUACUUCCAUAGACUACUUGAGGAAGGGGAACGUCUGAAGAAAGAGCUGAUGUACGCGACCAACGGCGGCGCCACUGCCCGGAGGCUGCGGGACACUUUUGCCGAAUCCCUUCGCUACGUCAACAAGCUGCUCAACAGCCAGUUUGGCUUCACGUCCCGCAAAGUCCCCGCGCAUAUGCCUCACAUGAUCGACCGGCUCAUCAUGCAGGAGAUGCAGGACAUAUUCCCAGAGGAGUUUGACAAGACCUCGGCCCACCGCGUGCGUCACUCGGAAGACAUGCAGUUCGCCUUCUCGUACUUCUACUUCCUGAUGAGCGCUCAGCAGCAGCUCAACGUCUCCGAGGUGUUUGACGAGAUCGACACAGAUCACUCGGGUGUUCUGUCCGACCGAGAGAUUCGAACUCUCGCCACAAGGAUCCACGAGCUGCCCCUCAGCCUCCAGGAUCUGACAGGACUGGAGCAGAUGUUGAUCAACUGCUCCAAGACUCUCCCGACAAACCUGACCCUGCUCCACCUGGUGAACCCCACUCAGGAGACCUACUACGACCCCAGCAUGCCUCCUGUUACAAAAGGCCUCGUCCUCCACUGUAAGCCCAUCACAGAACGCAUCCUUAAAGCCUUCAGAGACCAGAAUAAGUACAAGUUCGAGAUCAUGGGAGAGGAGGAGAUAGCGUUCAAGAUGGUGCGGACCAACGUGUCGCAUGUGGUCGGCCAGUUAGACGACAUCAGGAAGAAUCCGAGGAAGUUCAUCUGCCUCAACGACAACAUCGACCACAGCCAUAAAGACGCUGCCACAGUGAAAGCUGUGCUCAGGGACUUUUACGAGUCCAUGUUCCCGCUGGCGUCCCAGUUUGAGCUGCCCAGGGAAUAUCGCAACAGGUUCCUGCACAUGGACGAGCUCCAGGAGUGGCGGAUUUAUCGAGACAAGCUGAAGUUCUGGACACACUGUGUCCUCGUGACGCUCGUCAUCUUCACCGUCAUGUCCUUCUUCGCCGAACAGCUCAUUCUCCUGAAGCGAAAGCUGUUCCCCAGACGCAGAGUGAACCAGGACAUCAACCCCGAGCGGGUGUGAUAGAGGGAGACCUCCCUCUCCUCCUCCUUUCUGCACUUCCACCUCCGCUCCUCUCUCUGGAUCCAGACGAGGAGUGGAAACAGGAACCCGACGUCCUCGACGCUUGUGUUUCAUCAGCACGGACGGACGACAGACACUCACACGUGAGAUAUGGCGAUGAGACGUUUUUUAUUUCAGAAGAUGAUGGACGGUGCUGGCCGAUGAACGAACAGAAGAAGCCUGUGCAUCUUCAUGUCGUCCACUGGGGGCGUCAGAGACUCUCACACAAACAAAACAUAAAACACUCCCCUCUGCACUGCACCACUCCUCAUGUCCCGUCCUGUGUCAUUGAUGGAUGUGUUGAGGUGUCAAACACUUGAUCGGACUGUGUUUGUUUGUGUGUGUGCGUGUGUGUACAGCUGAAACAAAUCACAUCAAACUGCUACUAUUUAAAAAAUAUAUUAAUGACGAGUCCGAAAGCCAAACAUGCCAAAAAUGAUGGUACUCCUUAAAGCUCUUAUUUUCUACUCUUUCCUGUUAAAUCUUCAGAAAUCAAAUAACUUGAUGGUACGGACAGUUUUUUGUCGCUUUUUUCACAAUUUUAUAGACAAAAUGAUGAAUUGAUAAAAGAUCGGGUUGGUAAGUUGUUUCUUUUCUCUCACUUUUUCUCUUCUUAUUUAUCUUAUUUGUUGAAAUCCUCGUCACGUCCCGAUAGCCAUCAAAAAAUGAAGUCGUCUUAAAAAAAAAAUCCCAGCCUGCACCUGCACGACCGGAGAGACGCGCACCGCUGAGGCAGAGACGAUCAGGAAGUUAGAGAGCGAGUCCCGGGGAAGUCGACUCCGAGCUGUUGACCAUCGGGCUGAUAGGAGGGGGGGGUAUUUUAUAAGUGUAGCCUGCUCUUGCUGAACCUUUUCCAGGAUUACCAACCCUAGCUUUAAUUCAACAAUUGAUCAGCAGAUGAAGAAGAUUCUAACUUUGUGUUUGGUUGUGUUUGGUUGUGUUUGGCGUUUACCUCUAUGGCUUUAUUUUUAAGGAAAGGUGCGUUAAGUACAUUGAGGGAGAAUAAGGAAUAAUUCAUUUACGUGUCGUUUUAUUGUCCAUUUCCGUUAAACCCAUGAAAACUUGAAGUGCCUUUGUUCAUUCCUGCUUGUUUGAACAUUAGUUUUUUUUUUAAACGUUGACCCGUGCACAUCACACCCUAACCUAGUGAUUUACAAUGGGAAUGAAUGGGAAUGAAUGGGAUAUAGGCUAAUUUAAUGAUCAUUCUUACUCUGGUACCAAUGCAUCUGAUUGUCGGAGCUACGUGAUGCUGCAACUGUCAUGGCCGCCUGCACGUGUGUCCCUGUGGGACUCGACAGGAUCGCCGCUGUCUGAAAUUCAGACGCCCUCCGCAUGUUCUCUGACUUACUUUCAUUGUUGUCGUGAGACAAGUGACGUGUGCGUCUGAUGUGAAUGCUGCCGAAUGAAAACACGCUCGUCACCUCUUUAAGACCUUUUAUCUCUGAAUGUCACUUUUACUAACUUCUUUACUGUAAUAAUGUAAAACCGACACGGAGGCGACUCCCUGAUCGGGGGUGGCGUCACCGGGCGAGGCAGGCGAGACCAUGAGUCACGUGUUUGGAAAUGUGGAUAUCAUGAUUGCGUCAGUGGAACGGUUCCUCUGACUGAAAUAAAACUGCUUUUGUUCGGUCAUCUGGUUGUUUUUGUCGUGUGUUUGUGUUCUGUCAUUGUAGAAUAUUACACAUACUCAGUUAUGAGGCGUUUUUCCAUUUCCUUCUACUUCACGCUUCUACUCUAUAAACACUUUAUAUUGAAAUAUUGUACUUUUCACUCCAGUACUUUUCAUCUUAAGGUUUUAUGUACAUGUUUUUCUAUGAGAGGCUCUGUUACGAUAUAUAUCAAAUUACAUUUUCCUUUCUUGUGCUUGUAUCUACAUUUUUCGGAUUCUUAUCUUCUGAACUCUUUCUGGUUCGGACACUGACACGGACGACAAAACCACAGGAAAAAUAUUUUCUUUAUUACAAUCGUUUCCACUCGUGUCUGUUAGUAGAAAGGCGUCUUCCUAUUAUUCAACAGUGCAACAUGGUGUUCAAAUCAAGGUUAUACGUCCUGAUGCAUAGUUCCACACUCCAUCCUCACUUAUGCAAAAUCAACUACUUUUUUUUUUUUUUUUAGGACGUGUCUCUUUAUAAAGUCCACAAUCCUGAAGAAACGUUAUUAUAGCAAAUCAAGAAUACCGCUUGUUAAUUUGUUUUUUUUUUACCU